AUGCCUUUCCGUUGCACUUGUGGUAGAACGUUUGAAGUCACAGAUUCCUUUGAAUCACAUAUUUAUGGAUGUGCUCCCUUUCAUCGUCGACGUAUGUCUAAUCAGGAAGAUAACAGAUCAUCAACACAACAAGAUUUAUCUGGUACAUCCUUUGGCACGGACACGAUGACUUUGUUAUCAAAUAAAAUCUUUGAAUAUGGUGAAAGUAUCUCUCAUAGAAGAAGAUCAUUCAAACAGCAACAACCUUCUUCUCCAACCGAUUCAAUCAACACUGUAGACAGUUAUGCCUCUGAAUUGUCAACUUCACCUUCUUAUUUCUUUUUACCUACUUCCCUUAACAUUCAAAAUGUAUUUGAUGGUGCAAGAAGAAGGGCA